AUGUCGGCCUUCUACAUUCUCUUCACAAGCCAUCUGGUAGCCGCAAUAUUCAGCCCGAUUCAGGACUGCGAUGAAGUCUUCAACUACUGGGAGCCGACACAUUACCUCAACCAUGGGCACGGGUUCCAGACUUGGGAGUACUCACCCGACUAUGCCAUUAGAUCUUGGACGUAUGCAGGUCUCCAUGCUAUUGUGACGCCUCUUGUCAAGUUCCUACCAGCCCUUGCUAGCCCAAAGGUCGCGGAAUUCUACCUCCUCCGCGGCACUCUCGCAUUUGUGUGCGCAGUCUGCGAGUCAAGACUCUUCUCCAAGAUCUCCGUGGCGCUGAAUCCAAGGAUUGCCAUCUUCUACCUUCUCAUCACUGUGACAGCACCUGGCAUGUACCAUGCGAGCGCGGCCUACCUCCCGAGCAGCUUCGCGAUGUACUUUGUCACGCUUGGCAUCGCGGCGUUCAUGGACUGGCGCGGCGGGCUACGUACCGCACAGGGUAUCUUCUGCUUUGGUGCCGGAGCUUGCCUCGGAUGGCCGUUCGCUGCAGCAAUGUCUGCUCCAUUCUUGCUCGAGGAGCUGCUUCUGGCAUGGUUGAGCAGCCGAGAAGGUCUCAUCGAGCUUUUCUGGCGAGUGGCCGAUGGCAUUGCUCGAGUGCUGCUAGUUCUGUCUCUGCAGGUUGGUCUGGACUCUUUCUUGUACAAGAAGCUGGUUCUGGUGCCUCUUAACAUUGUCUGGUACAAUGUGUUCAGCAGCAAGGGCCCUGACCUCUACGGGACCGAGCCGUGGCACUUCUACUUGAGGAACCUAUUCCUGAAUUUUCAUGUCUGGUUGCUUCUGGCACUCGCCUCCAUGCCGCUACUUCUUACUCAGCACUUCUUGCGUACCAAGGGAGCCACGAAGUCGAGCUACCUCCGAGGCAUAGUCUUCCUGACGCCAUUCUACCUGUGGCUGGCAAUAUUCACACUGCAGCCGCACAAGGAGGAGAGAUUUAUGUAUCCGGCCUACCCAGCAUUGGCUCUCAACGCAGCUGUUGCCAUGCACAUCAUACUCGCAAACCUCGGGUCGACCGAUCCGAAGGACCUUGUCAGCGCUAUUCCUGUUCAAUUGCGCCUCUUGGGAAUCCUCGGAUUUGUUGUCGUUGCGACAAUUAUUGCCGUCUUCCGUACGCUGGGUACUGUCACUGCUUUCAGCGCUCCUCUGGAGAUCUAUAAGCCUUUACACCAGGCAGGCAUGUCCAAUAUCGGAGAUCUGGUGUGUCUAGGUAAGGAAUGGUACCGCUUCCCGUCCCACUACCUGCUUCCAGAUGGUGUCCGCGCGAAGUUCGUCAAGAGCGAAUUCAAAGGCCUUCUUCCGGGAGAGUUCUCGGAAGCCACCACAGGAUUCGGUGUCUUCCCGGGAGCAUGGCUAGUUCCCAGUGGAAUGAACGAUGAAAACCGCGAGGACCUCAGCAAGUACACCGACCUGCAGCGCUGCAAUUUCAUGGUCGAUGUGAAUCUACCCAGCACGCAAACAACAGCUUUGGAACCAAGCUACAUCGACGACCAGCAAAUAUGGGACAAAGUCAAGUGCUUGCCAUACUUGGAUGCCGCAUCGACUGGCAUUGUCGGACGAUUGGGCUACGUGCCAGAUCUGGCAUUCAUUCCAGCAAAAUACAAGAGAGUGUGGGGAGAAUACUGUCUGCUGAAGAGGAGGCAGAAGGAGCAACGAGAGUAUCCAAAGGCGCUGCCCAACGUUGAGCGGCUGUUGUGA